AUGUCCGUUUCACAAGAUGAUACCCGUAUUAUUUACAAAUCUAAAGAUAGCCGUGAAGAAUUUUUCGUUUUUGGAAAUCCAGAUCAGGUUUUGAAAUGGAGAAAAGAUAAAACAAUUCCAAUUGCUGAUGUCGUUCAAGCUUUCGAUGUCUUUGAAAUUGUGAAUGGAGGUAAUGAAGGUAUAGCAGGUCGUUCCUCAAAACAAAGACUUGAAAAUGCUUUUGGCACAUCCAACACUAUGGAAGUCAUAGAACAAAUUCUUCAGCAUGGAACUAUUCAUAAAUCUCAUAAAGGACAUGAAAAGUCACCUGAUAAAAAUCAUAGAACAAUGUUAAAUGAGACACGUGGUAAAGGUGUUUCGACAGCCAAUAAUUCUGCUGGGGGUAAUUUUCAACAAUUCUUGUUAUCAAAAUACUGUAUGGAGGAAGUUUCAGAGAUUAUCAGUUCUAAUUAUCAAAGAACAAAUACUACAUUUCUGAAUAAUGCGAUUAAAAUGGAACCGAAUUAUGAUGAUAAAGAACAAUUAAUUGUUCAAAAUCAAGAAGUAGAUUUUACCCCUCGUGUUUUAAAAUUUGAUGAUACAAAACUUGUGGAAACUAUUGAGAAAAUUCCAUUCUUGGAUCAUAAUCAACAUUAUCGUGAUCAAAUUAUCGAUGAUAGACCUACAUUCGCUGAAUUGAAAAAAAAUAAUAAUGAACACGAGAUUUCUUAUAUUAAGGAGGACAAAGAUGAAUUAAAACGUAUUAGUAAAGAUGUCUCGGAUUCGCAAUUGCGUUCUAUAAAAGAAGAAGGAGGUCGAGAUUCAGAUGAUGAAAUGACUGCUAAAUUGUUGCCAAGAGAUGAGGUUAAGGACAAAGUUUUUAGUGAAGUAAUAUACCUUACAGAUGAAGAAAGUUUUAAUGUGGACGAUGAAUAUCCAACUUCUCAAAGGCAAGGAUUUAAGAAAAUUAAAUCACAUAAAAAUUCAAUCUAUAAACUCCAAACUGAAGACGAAUUCGUUAUGAUUGAAGAACAAAAGCAGCCGGAAGAUGAUGAUGAUGUUAUCUUCAUUAAUCCCACAACAGGCAAAGAGGAACCAUGGAGUCCCAAUUCUAUUAAGCCAAACUCUAUAUUCUCUGCAAAUUCACCUGAAUCUCAUACUUUAUCUGAAGUAGAAGAAAGUUCCAACAAAAAAUUUUCAAACCAAACACGUAUUCCUUUGGCGAUAGCUCGUAAUGUUACACCAUGGACUCCUGAGGAAGACCGAAAACUUAUUGACGGAGUUUUGACUCAAUUAUCUCCAUCUUGGAUACAAAUUUCUAGAAAUUACCAUCUUAAUCGUUCGGGUGAUUCAUGCCGUCAGCGUUGGGCAAGAUUAAAGAAAAGAUUAUACGGAAGUGCUUAA